GAAGGAUGCCUGGCACCAUGCACCCCCUGAGGCUGCUGUUCCUGGUUGUUGUCCUCCUGGGGGCGGCCCUGCAGCACAGCCACGCAGCUCGGGCCACCAACGUGGGCCGGGAGUGCUGCCAGGAGUUCUUCAAGGGCGCGAUCCCCCUGCGGAAGCUGGUGUCGUGGUACAGGACCUCGGCCGAGUGUCCCAAGGAGGCCAUCGUGCUUGUAACCGCCCAGGGCAGGCUCGUCUGCUCAGACCCCAAGGAUGGGCGAGUGAGAAAGGCCAUCAGACGCCUGCCAAGACUCACCCUGCCGCGGGACCUCGCCGACCGGAAGUCCUGAGGAUCUCCCAGCACCACCCAGCCGCUGGGUCCACCAGACACAGAGACCCCGCCAGUCCCUGUCCAGAGCUGCUGUCAUGGGGGCAAGAGGGUGCGGAUUAAAGUGUGUC